GCCAUCAGCAGCCUCAUGCGAGUUUUGGUUGUGAGCAGUCGCCGCUGCAUGUGGGAGCUAUUGUAAUGAUCUAGAGUACCCACGAAUGUAAAGAAAAUGCCGGUGUACACGGAGGAAGACAGUGCACUAGCACCGCACAUAUCGUGUGAAGGAGUUCGGGACGAUCUGAAGCGCUGCUUACUUGCUACAGAUUGCGUCCGAAAGGAAAAACUAACUCCAAAGGAAUGUUUGCGCGCAAACCAUCCGUCGAUUCCGACGGAGUGUCACAAUUUGAAAACUCUCUUCUUUGAAUGCAAGCGUUCGAUGCUAGACAACAGACAGAGGUUUCGAGGAAGAAAAGGCUACUGACCGUCACGGUUCAAGUCGCAGGAUAGCUGAAUGAUAAGCCGUUAUCACGGUGUAUGUAUUUUAUGAAUAAAUUGUAUUUUGCUUUGCA